AUGGCCCAUACUGCUCUCGCCCACAACCGAACAACACCUGUCACCGCUACCGUUGUUACACAACACGACGACAAACAAGCCGCCGACAUGACGCGAUCAGCUUCAGCAGAGCCCACGAAGCCUACCAAGCGCAAGGGUACGCAACACCACUUCUUGAUUCGUCUUGACGGCGAUAUUCGCGGCUCGGGGUCCAAGACGCAGUCUGUCUUGUGUCUUGCCGGCCAUGAUACUGCGCCUUUGUUCUCUCGUCCACCGCCGCCGCCGUCUUCCACCAUCACCACCACCAUAUCACAGCACCCCGCACUCCUUCCUCUUCCCUCACGAUCUCAGAUGGCAUACGAUAUCAAGCUGGCGCGCAAGCGUGCCAACGACAGAGAAGCUCAGCGUGCCAUCAGGGCCAGGACAAAGGAGCACAUCGAGAGACUCGAGCGAGAGCUCGAGGAGCUUAAGAGUGAACGCAACCGCGACCAAAGUCAGACGGUCCAGGAGCUCUUGCGCAAGAACAAGGCCCUUGAAGAGGAACUGUUCAAGCUCCGUGAGAGCAUGGGCAUUCCCAACGGGCAGUCAUACCCAAACUCAGUCUACGACGACAACCUCAGUUCAAUCAGCGGGGCCGUCUCCAGCCCCAGGUCGUCGCCCUUCCCCUCAAAUGGUGACUACAACGUCAUGCAAGAACUUGGCCCUUCGUACGUGCCCAUGCCGGAUGCGUCAGAGUCAUGGGGUCCAGGUAUUCCCGUUUCCGUUCCCUCUACCGUCUCGAGCCCGUCAUCCUCGGCCAACACGGACGAGUACGGCGCUGGCUACAUCCCAACCAGCGUUCCCGCCCCGAUGAUGGACUCCCGUAGCAUCCCGGCCAAGAUGGAGUACGACGACGUCGACUCUGUUUCUAGACGCUGGAUACCCUCACAACCACACAAUGGGCCACCCGCAACACGUACACAUCCCGCAUCAGUCAUAUCUCCCUCAUCAGCAGUCGUGGAAUACGUAUCCAACCCCGGUGUACUACCAGCAACCGUCGGCCCACUGAUUCGACAGCCCGGCACCACCCUCUGGGAGAUUCCGACACUCAUCGUUCCGCCAACCUGUCGAAUCGACCAGCUCCUAGUUGGCUUCGUCCAAGACUGCCGCCGACUGUCCCAACUCAAAUCCCUCGACACGCUCCUCCGGCCUGCCAGGGUCAACAUGAAGAACUUCCUCGAGUACCAUCCGGCCUCACCCACCACCUCGCCUCCGCGGUGCCAGCUAGCCGAUCUCGACAGAGCCGCCUCCACCACCACAACCGGUCCCGGCGCCAACCAUCCCAUGGCCGAGCUCAUCACUGCACUCGUCAACAAAGCCGGCGUCACGAACGUCAUCGAGCGUCUCGCCGUCUUCGCCGUCAUCCAGCGAGCCGUCGCCUGGCUUGUGCAUCCGACACGUGAGGCGUACAUGGCCAUCAUGCCGGAGCUCGCCCCCAAGCCAAGCCAGACCACCGUUCCACACCCCCUGUGGGUCGACCUCGUCCUCUGGGCACCUCUGCGUGCCGCCAUCAUCCAGAGGCAAGACGUGUACGCCAACGAGGAGUUUCAGGCAGUUUACUCAUCCAGCCUGAGACUCAUCAACUGGCCGUGCCGACCCAUUGACGCCCUGGUCGUCGACCCGCAGUCUGGGGAAAUGUGGCUGAGCGACACGUUCACGGACCACGCAAUGAGCGUCCAAAACUGGCGCCUCAACGAGAACUUCAUUCGGCGCUACCCCGAGCUUCGUGGCUGCGUUGCCGUCGAAGGGUCCUAG